AUGUCUCGAGAUUCCUCCGAGCGUUUCAUAUUCGAGAACGAGAUCCUGUUUACGUGCCAGCUACACUACCCAAAUCUGGUGUCCCUCCUUGGAUUUUGCGACGAUGAAUUUAAGGAUAAAAUGAUGGUGGUGUAUGACUACCUGCUUAAUGGAUCCCUCCACCAUCAACUUCACUUCACCAAAGGGAUAGCAAUUCACCGGCACUCUCGUGGAAGACAAGCAUUGGAAUCCCAAACUAACAGAUUUCGGCCUUUCUUUAAAAGGACCAAAAUAUUCAUCCAAGGAAAAGGCCAAGGAGGCACCUUGGGAUGCAUAGACCCUGCGUACCUUCAAAGUUGUAAGAUCUCAAGUAAAUGCGACGUCUUUGGUUUUGGAAUGCUUUUGGUAGUAUUAAUAUGCCGAGAAAGCCUCCACACAAUUCUGCGGAUGCUUGUUGAUGAAUAUGCUUCGCAAUCUUUCAAAAGUAUGGCUGAGAGCGUAAGGAGUCUUGAGGAAAAGGGAAAUAUUGGGAAAAUAAUUGACCCUAGUUUGGUCGGAGAGAUAGCACCAGAAUGUUGGAGAUUGUAUAUGGACAUUGCAACGAGUUGCACGAGAAUAGAUCCGGAUGAGAGUCCAGACAUGGGUGAAGUUGAAGUGCAGCUUGAACGUGCAUUGCAACUACAACGGGAGGCAGAUGCCCAUCAUAAUUUCCACGCUUUCUUGAUUUAA